AUGACUGUAGCUUCCAAUAGAACAGAUGGCUUCUACAAUUUACUUAUUAUUAUAUCUACACUAAGCAUUAUUAAAUUCUUUAUAGAAGACUAUAUAGAAUUUGGAUUUUUAAUGAAAAUACCAUUUUUAGAUUUUUCGAUCCACGACAUAAUAUUUUCAGCAUUUAGUCUUUUAUUGUACUGUUUAAGAUCUUCUAUAAGUUACUUUAUUGUAAACUUAUCUAUUAUAUAUACAUUUAUCAAUUUUUUAAUAUUUGAAAGUAUAAUUAUUUAUGUAAAUCUUAUGUAUAUUAAAAAUAUCUAUCUUGCAGGAGGAUUAUUGAUCUUAAAUUUAAUUCUUAUAGCCAAAUUAGUAUCAUUUCAUGUUUUUUAUACAUCUUGUAAUAAAGUGUUAAAAGAAGAAAAAAGUUUAAAAAAUCAAAUUGUGCAUGAAAAAAGAAAUUUGGAAUGUAAGCCGACAUUUAUUAAUUCAGAAUUAGAUCAAAAAAAUAAUAGAAAUUUAGAUGAUACAAUAGACCAAAAAAUACCUUUUAUAAAUUUAUCAAAUAUAACUGAUAGAGCAGGGAAUUAUGUCGAUAGUCUAGAAAAUCACACUCUACUAGAUCAAGAAUUUUUAAUAGAAAAUAAUGACAUAAAAAAAUGUACAUUUUUACAUUUUGCGUAUUUCAAUAUAAUUCCUACACUAUGUUAUUUACAGAAGUAUCCUAUGACAGAAAGUAGAAACUGUAAGAAAAUUUUAUAUAGAUUUUUUUCAUUAAUAAUAGGCCUUUUAAUAUUCAUAUUUGUCACAGAUCAAUAUUCUAUUCCAAGCAUAUACAGAAUUAUAAAAUGUGACAAUUUCUGGAUAGUUGUAGAAAAUGCAAUUAAUUUAUCUUUAAGUACUGCUAUCUUAUUUCUAAUUUUUUUUCACAUAGUAUUCGUAUGCUGUUUAAAUAUUUUAGCUGAAAUUACUAGAUUUAAAAAUAUACAUUUUUAUCAGGCGUGGUGGAAUUCUACGACAGUCCGCCAAUUUUGGACUUUAUGGAAUAUUCCUGUACAUUUGUGGAUAAAAAAACACAUAUAUAUUCCCUUACGUAAACGAUCUUUGUCACGAAAUCAGGCACUUGUUUGUUCAUUUCUAAUAUCUGCAAUAGUGCACGAAUAUGUUUUAAGUGUUUGUACAAAAAAUUUUUGUGGUUAUGUAUUUUUAGGAAUGAUGGCACAAAUACCAUUAAUUUACAUAUCAGAUAAAAUUAAUAAACUAUGCCCAAUUUUAUCAAAUUUUUUCUUUUGGGGAUCUUUUUCGAUUAUUGGCCAUCCAAUCAUUGUAAUAUUGUACUAUAGAUCCAAAGAACUUAGUAAACUGAAUUUUAUGCGCAAUCAUAAAUAA